CUCUUUCCUUUCAUUGAGUACUUGGUUCAAGUUCUUUGUCUUUGGGACAAUGAUCCUUAUAUAUAAAACCCAACAUAUGAUGAGGACAAUGUGAACCAAACCAAAACUUGUCCAACAACAAACACAAAGAAAGAUGGAGAGUUCAAUGAGACUUGAAUACUUGAUGACUGUCUUUGCUGUUUCCGGAGGCAUGGUCCUUUUGUUUCACCAAGCCAAUAAGCAUUUGUGCAACAAAUUCUUGAAGAAAUUUGAGUAUGAAAUUAGAGGUUCAACAAAACAUGAAGCAAAGAAGAAGGUGAGGUUUGCAAAAGACAAGGUGGAACUGAUUCCUAAUGAGAAUAAUUUUGAGAGUGAUAGCAUAAACUAUGCAAAGGAACAAGAUGUCAUUGCUAAGGUUAUGGAUUUGGAUGAUGCUGAGAAUUGGAAGCAUGAUGAGAAAAUUAAGGAUGUCAUGCCUCCAAACAGGGUAGUUCUAUAUAGGGGAUUGAUGAAUAAUAGGAAGGAGAGGUUUGAUGUUUGAUAAUUUCGAACACCC